AUGUCGGGCGAGCUGCGGCAUCGCCCACCGGCGCCUCCGUAUGAAGAAACGACACCAAGAGGGGCACUUGAGCAUCACCAUCACCAUGAUAAGCACCACCUGGUCAGCCCGCACUCUUCUGAAGGCUCCGUCAGCGAUGUCCCAUCGAAAUGGGAAGAAUUCUGUGACAAGACGACAGCACACGGCUUCAAGCGGUAUCUGCAGGCCCACAAUCGGGUGUCGGGAUUCUUGUGGAUCGGCGUAUCUGGGGGCAAAGUAUCGAAGACGGGAGAAGAUCACCUCGAUUUCGGUACUGUAUCCAGGAAACCG